CCGGGUGCGCGCAAGUUCACCAUGGACGACGAUAUCGAAGACAUCCACAAUGCACGCGCGUUGAACAUGAGCCGCCGCACAUUCAGCUCGUCGAUGGCGUUCUGGCGCAAAAUGCUCCUGUUUGCUGCGGAUGGUGUGGUCUACCUCAACAACACGCUCGAACUCACCGGCGUUGACAUGACCGACUGGGCUCGCAAGAUCCAGUAUGAUGUCGAAGACAAGGGCGAGUACGACCAGGUCUUGCAGGAGCUGAUUGAAAAGUACAAGGACCGCAUGAAGAUGUCCCCGGAGAUCUCGCUUGCACUCGGCCUUGGUACGUCCUUUGGCUUUGCCCAUGCCGAAUGCCGUGCCUCCUGCACCAGCGGCAGUGCCCGUUGUGUCACCGCCACCAGCGCCACCCACUCAGGCUCCCGGUGUCGUGAGUACAUCCAGUUCCCGCGACGAUGAUGACAACCACAGCGUCGCCGAUAGCGUGCGGUCCAAGGGAACGAAUGGGGUGCGUCGCCCCCGUGCGCCGCGGAAGAAACCGGAAGACCAGGUCCGCAUCGCGCUGUUUGACAUAUUGUUGAAUGACGUGAAGG